AUGGGGCCCGACGGGACCCGGGUCCAAGGGCGGCGGCGCCGGGAACACCGGCACGGACCGGGAUCAGCACCGGGACCGGGAUCAGCACCGGGGACAGCGCAGGCACCGGGAUCAACUCCGGGACGAACCGGGACCGGCACCGGGAUCGUCACCGAGCAACGGGAACAGCCGGGAGCGGAUCUGGGACCACCACGGUGGGCUCUGGGACUACCGGGAGGAGACCGGGAAGCACCGGGACGCGCUCCGGGACCAUCCUGCUCCUUCUGGGAGCGGCGGCGGCCGCGGCGGCGACACCGAGCGCAGCGCCCCCCGCCGUGCCCCCCGGACCAGCUGCCCUGCGGGGAUGGCUCGUGCCUGUCGCGAACCUUCGCCUGCGACGGGGAACGCGACUGUCCCGACGGGGAGGACGAGCUGGGCUGCGGCCCCGCGCCCUCGCCGCCCCCCUGCGACCCCUUCUACUUCCGCUGUCGCGACGGGAGCUGCAUCCCGCUGCUCUGGCGCUGCGACGGCGAACGCGACUGUCGCGACGGGGGCGACGAGGAGCCCGAGCUGUGCGGGACCCCCCGCCCUCCCCGCGCCUGCCCCCCCCUGCAGUUCCCCUGCGGCUCCGGCGAGUGCGUCCACGGCCGGUGGCGCUGCGACGGGACCCCCGACUGUCGCGACAGCUCCGAUGAGGAGGGGUGUGCCGCGCCCCCCCCGUGCCCUCUCGGGCAGCUCCGCUGUCGCGACGGGCGCUGCAUUCCCGGGGCCCGGGCCUGUGACGGGACCCCCGACUGUCGCGACGGCGACGACGAGGAGGAAUGUCCCGACGCCCCGUCGUGUGCCCCCCCGCACCGGUUCCGCUGCCGCUCGGGCGAGUGUAUCGCGAUAGGGCAGGUCUGCGAUGCGCGGCGCCACUGUCGUGACUGGUCCGACGAGCCACUCAAGGAGUGCGGGGUGAAUGAGUGCCUGGCGGGGGGCGGGGGCUGCUCCCACGGCUGCCGGGACCUGCGGGUGGGCUUCGAGUGCCUUUGUCCCCCCGGCUUCAGCCUGGACCCCGACAACCGGACCUGCCACGGCCCCCCUGGGACCCUCCUGGUGAGCACCCGGCACCAGGUGCUGGCACUGGGGGGCCCCGAACCCCAAAUCCUGCGGGGGCCCAUCAAGCACGCGGCCGCUCUGGAUGUCGGCAUUGAGGGGGGGUCCCUGUUCUGGGGGGACCCCAGCGAGGGGCUCAUCUACAGAGCCCCGCUGGCCGCGGGCCCCGCAGUGCCCCUGGGGGUGGUCCCGGGCCCGGGGUCCCCGGCCGGGAUCGCCCUGGACUGGAUCCACCGGCUCCUGUACUGGACCGAGCCCGGCUCCGGCUGUGUGGCCGUCAGUGACCCCUCGGGGCUGCGCCACCGCACCCUGCACCGGGACCCCCGGACACGGCCCUGGGGGGUGGUCGUGGACCCCCUGAACGGGUACCUGUACUGGUCAGACUGGGGAUCCCGCCCCCACAUCGCCCAGGGGGCCCAGGACGGGGCCCCCCCCCAAGCUCUGGUGACUGAAGACGUGGAGCGGCCUCAGGGACUGGCCCUGGACCAGUCCUCCCAGCGCCUGUACUGGGCCGAUGGCCGCCUCCACACCGUGUCCAGCGUGGCCCUGGACGGGAGCGGCCGCCAGACACACCUGAGGGACCCCCAGCACCUGGCGCAGCCCCUCGGCCUCGCCGUCUUCCAGGACUGGGCCUUCUGGACCGACCCCUCCCGGGGAUCCCUGGUGGCCACGCGGCUCCAAGGGGGCUCCUCCGCCCCCCAGGUGGUGGCCCAGGAGCUCUUCAGCCCCGAGGCCGUCGUGGUGCUGCACCCGGGGAGGCAGCCAGCAGGCCCCAACCGCUGCGAGGGUCCCGGGGGUGCCUGCUCCUUCCUGUGCCUCCCCUCCCCCAUCCGCGGCCCCGGCUCCCCCCGGUUCAGCUGCGCCUGCCCUGACGGGGAGCACCUGGACAGCGACGGACGCACCUGUGUGAUAGAGCACCCCGGGACCCCCGAGCCCCUCGCCCGGAACUUGAGCAAGGAGGGAAACGCCUCGAUAGGUGAUCUCGGGGGGACCGGGGGGGCCUGGCCGGGGCUGACAGCACUUGGGGUCCUGCUGCCCCUUGGGCUGGUGCUGUGCCUCGGGGUGGCAGCCAGGGCACUGUGGCGGGAGUGGCGCCGGCGCAGCACCAACAGCAUCAGCUUCACCAACGCCACCUUCCGGAAAGGGCCCGGGGACCCCCUGGAUGGGGGGGGGGCUCGGGGACCCCCUGCAGCCACUGACGUCAGAGGAUGACGAGCCCUGAGGAUUUGGGGGAGCCAAGACCCCCCCCCAGAGCCCCCUGGGGUUGGGGAACGGACUGAGAGCAGGGCUGGGGGGCAGCCGCAGCUGGGAACAUCUGGGAGCACAGCUGGGAACAGCUGUGUGCACAAAGACACACCUGGGUAUGCCUGGGCACACCUGGACAUGCUGCAGCAACAGCUGGACACAGCUGGACACAGCUGCAAAGAGCUGCGCACACUCGGACGUGGCUACAGACACAGCUGGACACACCUGGGAACACCCAGGCAUUCCUGGACAUGGCCGAGCACCCUCGGACACGGCUGCAGACACAGCUGGACGCAGCUCUCCAUGCCUGUCCAUACAGUGACCCCUGGGGGGGGGUUGUUUGGGGGGCUUUUUUUUAACCAAAAUACUGUGAAUCCCCCCAAACUGAGGUGCUGGGAAGUGGGCGGGGCCGAGGAGACCCGGCCCGUUCCCCCCGUCAAUAAACUUUUAUUUAUUGA